AUGAGUGUGGCAUCUCGCGACGAUCACACUCCUGGGGGAAGACAUAACAAUGACUUUGCCAACAUAUGCCAAAUCAAAAUCAUGCCUAGCUUUGACGAAAUACGUUGCUCUCGAACCGAAUAUCUUCCCAUUGUCGACCCAUCUCAAUGGCACAUUCCUGGUAUCGACGGCUUGCUGGAUCGAAACUUUCGACUGCUGCGAGAGGAUACGGUUGGCCAGAUUCGUGAUACUGUCCGCCAUGAAAUCAUACCCGGUGCAAAUAAAACAAAGCCUCCUCUGCACAGGCUUGUACACCGUGGGGUUCGUCUUCUCAAUGUUGGUUUCCACUGGCUUUUCGGUCUCUACUUUGAGGUCGAUUUCCCCCAGCCCUCGGUAAUUGUGAAAUCCCCAGUUCACCUGCGACAGAGAUGGUGGGAGGAAUCCAGACGCCUCAGACCCGGUGACCUUGUGUGCCUGGUCAUUCAGAAGGACUUGAUCGUGUUCUGCACGGUGGCAGAUCAGGCAAUGAUGCAAAAGCGCAAGAGAGGUCUAACUAAGCCACACAAAAAGGGAACGGCAUCCUUGUGGAACAAUGAGAAGAGAGCAUCUGUGCAGUUGAAUCUCGUUGACUCCAGAUUUAGCAAUGUUCGACUCAUUCUCGAUGUUUACAGCCACAAAGAUCCGCCAAUGUCUUUGAUAGAGUUCCCUGGUGUUCUUCUUGCGUCGUUCGAGCCAUCUCUUAAGGCACUCCAGACCAUGAAGGCUAAAGAAAACUUGCCGUUCCCAGAACUUCUUGCUCCUUGGUCCUUGAACCCUUCAAACUCUCCUAAAACAUGGACCCCUUUGUAUGCUUCGCAGUGUGGGUUUGCAUACAACCUUCGCUGUCUUCUGAACACAGAUGUCAACUUCUAUGUUCAACCCGGUGAUUUUCCAACUCAGAGAAAACAAACGCAAUAUCUGCAGGAGAAUUCAACGCUGGAUCAUGGACAAGCAAGUGCAUUGAUUCGAUGUCUUAACAGACGCAUUGGGUUGAUCCAGGGACCACCUGGUACUGGGAAAAGCUACACCUGUGUAGCUCUUAUCAAAGUUCUACUGGCGAACAGGGAAGAGGGAAAGUUGGGGCCCAUCGUCUGUGUGACCUAUACCAACCAUGCCCUUGAUCAGCUUUUAGAGGCUCUUCUCGAACACGAGGUCACGUCACAGAUCGUUCGUGUGGGGUCACAGUCCAAAUCGGAGAAAUUGCAAGAGUUCUCUCUUUCCGUGGCCUCAAGGUGGAGCCAAAGGACCGACUGGGAGAAACGAGAGAGGUCCACCAUAAACAAGGAAUUGAGAGAUAGCGAGUUGAAGUUUGAAGCCAUUGAGAUCAAGAGAUCAAUAUCUGCGGGACGUCUCAAGCUUCAUGUCCAGCAACAUCAUGGUCGCCACUACGAUCAGUUAUUCCCACAGACACAAGAGGAUUUUGCCAGGCACGACUUCAAUCCACCAAAAGGACCUGCUCAAGAUACGUUUGGAUUGUGGAUGGAUUCCGGAUCGCCCACUGAUGCACCCCCACGAUCUACCACGAUCCUUGAAGACACCGAUGUAUUCGACAUGUCUAGACAAGAGCGCGUGAAUAUGCACGGCCAAUGGUGCAGGGAGCUCCGGGAAGAGGUGGGCCACAAAAUAGCCAAACUGGUUGAGUCCCACCAGCUUUCCAAGGUCGGCUUCGAUGCUAUUGAAGAUGAUAUGCAUCUCCGCUUCCUGGCCAAAGCAGAAGUCAUUGGGAUCACUACAUCGGGACUUGCUCGUCGAUAUGAUAUGUUUCAAAGGCUUCAAUGCAAAGUCAUGAUAUGCGAAGAAGCCGGCGAAGUCCUUGAGCCCCAUAUGCUCGCGGCAUUUCUACCUUCGGUUGAACACGCAAUUCUCAUUGGCGACCAACAGCAACUGCGUCCUCAGGUCCAAAGCUACCGCCUCUCCAGGGAAAACGUCCAGGGCGGUGGUAGAUAUUCACUUGAUGUCUCCUUAUUUGAGAGGCUGGUGAGCUCAUCGAAAGUAACACCUAUGAGCUGUGGUCAUAUGUACAACACGCUGCAAGUUCAACGUCGAAUGCACCCACAGAUCUCUCAAUUGGUGCGGGGCACUCUUUAUCCACACAUGCAAGACAUUUCUUCUGCUCAACACUAUCCGGAGAUUCGUGGAAUGCGGAAAAGGCUAUAUUGGCUGGAUCACCGCUCAAUGGAAGAUUCCCAAGAGCAUACGAAGAAGGGUGUAGCUCAACGUUCAGCAGCAAAGGGACCUUUGAGCGAGGAUGGCAUGUCUACUUCGCACUGGAACAAACACGAAAUUGAAAUCAUCACCGCCCUGGUACAUCAUCUCGUGCGACAAGACUACUCGGUUGGGGAAAUAGCUGUGUUAACGCCCUAUCUGAACCAGCUCCAGAAUUUACGACAACGGCUUGCUAAGGAUUUUCCAAUUGCAGUGGGAGAUCGUGACCAGAACAAUAUUGCGCAUGCAGGAUACAUGGACAACAUCAGACCCCAAGACUUGACUCAAGCCAAACAGGGCGGUCUCCGAGUAGCAACUGUGGAUAACUUUCAAGGGGAAGAAGCUCAGAUUGUUCUGAUAUCUUUGGUCCGAAGCAAUAGCCAACGCCAGUGUGGCUUUCUGCGCACUUCAAAUCGGAUCAAUGUCUUGCUAUCGCGAGCACAACACGGGAUGUACAUCAUUGGAAACUCGGAAACAGCGCGACAUGUUCCUAUGUGGGCCAAGGUCAUUGAUAUUUUGAAACAAGGCCAGAAUAUCUCGAAAUCACUGGAGCUGAUGUGUCCCCGUCAUCCAGACACAGUGAUCAGAGUCUCAGCACCAAAAGACUUCGCCGCACUCUCUCCUCAGGGAGGUUGCAUCCAACGUUGUGACCAACCUCUGCGUGUGAUCAACCCCUCGAUGGAUGUGAGCACAAAUGCCCAAAUCCAUGUGGGCGACCCUGCCCUAACAGGUGCUUGGUCAAAAUGA